AUGACCGUCACCCUCGACCUCGCCGCUGCCGCGUCCGACGCGCAGACCAAGAGGGUGCUUUCAGAUUUGUCGCUGGCCGUCGCAAAGAGGAAGAAGAUUGUCUUGGUUACUGGCGCUGGAAUUUCGUGUUCGUGUGGCAUACCGGACUUUCGUUCAUCGGAUGGACUGUACAAUCUCGUCAAAGAGCGCUACCCUGAUGUAGUUCUCAAAGGCAAGGACCUCUUCGACGCUUCGCUGUUUCGCGACAGCACCUCGACAUCAGUGUUCUUCAGCUUCAUUGCCGAGCUUAAGAAGAAGAUUGACGUGGCAAAGCCUUCCGCAACACACCACUUCAUCAAGACCUUGGAUUCCAAGAACAAGCUCCUUCGCUCGUAUACUCAGAACAUUGACGGGCUGGAAGAACGUGUUGGUCUUGUCGGUUGCGCUCCAGCCAGCGCAGACGUGAAGGGAAAAGGCAAGGCCACUAGGCUAAAGGCCGUCCGCAACGUUCAACUCCACGGUGACAUUCAUCGCGGUGUUGCACCUGGGUGUCCUGAAUGCACCUCACGCUCCGAGGCACGUGUGGCCCGCUCCGCUCGGGCACUACGCGUCGGUUCUCUACGACCAGCUAUCGUCCUCUACGACGAACCCCAUCCUCUCGGUGACGACAUAGGCGAAAUCCAAACGACGGACCUCUCGAAGAAACCCGACAUGUUGAUCAUCAUGGGCACUUCACUCAAAGUGCACGGCUUGAAGAAGUUGGUGAAGGAGUUCGCCAAAACUAUUCACGCCUCCACUGCUGCUUCUUCCAAUGCAACCUCUACUUCUGCUCCUUCACUGGGAAGGAAACCAUUCAAGGUUAUUUUUGUCAACAAGACCCCGCCUAGCUCCGAGUGGUCCGACUAUAUCGACUACCACGUCCAAGGCGACAGUGACACAUGGGUCAAUAGGGUUAUUGAGGAUUGGAAGAGGAUGAGGCCUGCUGACUGGGAAAUUCAGCAAACACUGAGUGGCGAGCUUGGUUUCAAAGCAGCCAAGCCAACAACCGUCGCAGCAAAGAAAGCGUCGAAGAAGAAGGACGAAAAUGCUCCUCCAGACGCUAUUUACAGCGUCGCCAAUCCACCCUCUUCACCUGGCAAACGCCGACAGAAAUCGACACACUAUGACGACCUGGACUCCAGUCCAUCUAAACGUCAAUCCGUCGCCCCCUUCCAGGGCAUCCUCCCUCCUAGCGAGCGCAAGAUGCUAUUCUCCGAGGCAACCAACACUAUCCCUGACCCCAUGGAGACGUCCCGUAUGGACAUCAGCAUUGUCGAUCUAUCGAUGCAAGAUUUAGAAUCAGAAGUGCUGAAAGACCUCAAGAGUGAGAAGCCGAAGACUGUGGAGGUGGUUAUUCCGCCUAGGAAGAAGGCUGUCGCAGCGAAGACAAGUCGGAGGGCGGCGCCAACCAAGAAGGCAGCUACAGCAAAGCCCACUGCUCGACGGAGAGGAAAGGCAGCAGAAGUAUCUGCAACCUGA